AUGGCGCCCUCUCCCUCCCCUUAUAUCUGCUUCAAUUGCAGAUUGACCCCUCGGAAUGCAUUGAACCGUCUCCCGUCAUACCGCUCAUUCUCGACGACCCGUCGUCACCAGCAGAUUCUGCGUCCUGCCACUGCUCCAAAGCCCACGCCAGAUGUGAAGCACAUCCGCCAGAAUGCCGAGCUCUACGCACAGAAUUGCAUAGACAGGAAUUAUGCCGGUCAUGCAGAGUAUCCAUCCAGAAUUCAGGCUCUAUCCGACGAAGCUAGGCAGCUCGAUCAGGACCUCAAGUCGCCGCGCUCGCAGAUCAAGCAGCUGGAAAAGACUAUCGCGAAGCUAUCGAUUGCGGCGCGGCAGGCUUUAAGUAAUAAUGGAGCGAGCUGUGACCAAGGGGCAACAACGCAAAAAGAGCUAGAGGACCUGAAAUCAGAAGCGCAGCGCUUAAAAGACGAGUCGCACGCCAUGACCACCCGCAAGUCCGACUGCACCGACGAAAUCAACCACCUCGCCCUCUCCCUCCCAAACCUUUCAUCCUCCGAGACCCCCAUCGGCGACGACCCCCGUCUCGUCCACUAUCUCAACUUCGACCCCCAAGCGCCACCCUCCUGGACCCGGCAGUCUCCAGCAGAGCUCCAGGCUCGGUCACACGUCACCAUCGGCACCGAACUCGGUCUCCUCGACUUCACAAGCUCGGCCACCACAACGGGAUGGGGCUGGUACUUCCUCAUCAACGAGGGCGCCAUGCUUGAACAAGCCCUAGUCCAGUACGCCCUGAGCGUAGCACGCCGCCGCGGGUGGAAAACAGUCUCCCCGCCGUCAAUCGUGUACUCCUACAUCGCCGAGGCUUGCGGCUUCCAGCCGCGCGACCAGCACAACGAGCAGCAAAUCUGGUCAAUUGAGCAAAACGAGCGCGACCGCGAUACAAAGCCACCGCGCUCGUUAACGGGGACCGCGGAAAUCCCGCUCGCAGCCAUGUACGCCGGCCGCGAUAUCAAUGCCUCCGAGCUCCCCAUCAAACUCGUGGGCGCGAGCCGAUGCUACCGUGCGGAGGCAGGCUCGCGCGGUGUCGACACAAAGGGUCUCUACCGCGUACACGAGUUCACCAAGGUCGAACUAUUCGGUUGGACGGAUAACCUCGCCCCCGAAGCAGCGACCGCAGCAGACAACCCCACUUCAGACACCCUCUUCGCCGAACUACUAGACAUCCAAACUGAGAUCCUGACAUCGCUACAUCUCCCCUGCCGCGUCCUCGAAAUGCCCACCGGCGACCUAGGCGCCAGCGCAACCCGCAAGCGCGACAUUGAGGCACUCUUCCCCUCGCGAUUCCGCCCUACGCCCGGCUCCACGAGUCCCGUUGACCCUGCCGUUUCAGAACUCGAGUCUGCCUGGGGCGAGGUCACCUCGGCUUCUAUCUGCACUGAUUACCAGAGCCGGCGGUUGGCGACGCGUGUACGGGGCGGUACAGCGAAGGAAUCGCGGUUCCCGCACACCGUGAAUGGAACUGCUAUGGCUGUUCCAAGGGUGUUGGCUGCUAUUCUCGAGAAUGGGUGGGAUGCCGAGCGCAGAGUGGUUGUUGUACCUGAGGUGUUGAGGCCGUGGAUGGAUGGGAUGGAGACGAUUGGUCGGCGGGAGUAG